CCUAAUAGGCCAUGGAGUGCCAGUAUCAUCGCGUUUGGGUAGAGAUCUAGACGGCCGAGAACGAGAGAAGCGAAAAAAAGAUCGCGUGCUGCGUGUCGAUGCGCGAUCGUUUCUUGUUCUUGUGAUUUUUCGCCGGUUGCUUAGGAAUUUUUUGAUUAUUUUUGAAUUUUUUUUGUGGAAGUUUGAAUUUUGUGUUGGUUUUUUAUUGUUUAGUGUUAUUUAUUUUUGGGAAUAUUUUUCUGCAGGGAUUGUAAAAAAUGGUCCAUUCCUGAAACAAUGUAACGCGUGCCCCCCAAUCGCGAUACGACCCCCUCCACACUACCCCAUCCCUAUCCGGUGAAUGCGGUGCGUCAAAAGACAGCGCCCCAGGUGUAUUGGCCACCUCCUGGUGGCAAUUUUGUUCGUUCUGACGACGGCGAAGGCCGAAACGUCGGAAAUUACCGAUUUCGUAAUCACAAACGUCUUGCCAGAUGGCGAAGUGGAGACAAGGAUCUACUACAAGGGCCUCAGCGCCAAGGAGACGAGGGUUGGAAGUGGAUCAAAUUUCGGUCUCAAAUUUCGCCAGCUGACCCACGCCAACCAUCUGAUCCAGCUGAUCAUCGACGACGACGAUCAACUGAUCGACUGUGAGUUUGGACACGAUAAAAACCAAACGAAAUCGUUCCUAUCUAACUUUAAGCGUGAUUUAAGUGAUUUAGUAACUACCUCAAAUAUUAGCGUGGAGUCGUUGGACGGCAAAGAGUUACCUACAGAGUAUAAGUGGAUGAAUUAUAGUCAGCUCAGGGAGCAGUGUAAGAGGAAGCAUGGAGAGAUGAAGGAGAGGAUGAAAGAGGAAUGGGAGGUGCAGCAUUACCAAAGGUCAAAACGUGACGUAAGCGACAUUUUCCGAGUACCAGGAACCAAAUGGUGCGGCAAAGGAUAUUCCGCUGAUAAAUAUACCCGCCUUGGAGGUUUUUCCAAGACGGAUCGAUGUUGCAGGAAGCACGAUCUGCGAUGUCCGUUCUGGAUCAACGGAUUCGAGACCAAAUAUGGUCUCUUUAAUUGGAGGAUCAACACAUUGAUGCACUGUAACUGCGAUGAACGCUUCAGGGCAUGUCUAAAACGAGUUCGAAGCGGUGAUGCAAAUAUGGUAGGAAGACUAUUCUUCAACGUAGUUCAAACUAAAUGUUUCGUCCUCAAGCCGAAGAAAACCUGCGUGCGGCAUUCGUGGUGGGGCAAAUGCGAAAAAUUUAAGAUUGUCAAACAAGCAAUAUUAAGAGAUAAUUUACCAUACUAAUUUAAUUGUUUUAAAGAUCAUUGUUUUAAGGGGAAUUUUGAGUGGAUCCAUCAAGCUGUACCUACCAUAUGCAUAAAAGAGAAGAGUAUCAGGAAAACAUCUUAAAAAUAAAUUGUUAUUUUAACAAGAUUCCUACCUUUAUUUUGUUGACCUUGUACUGGCGAGAGAAUAUGUUGAUAUUGUAGCCUACACAUUAAUUUUCUUCUUCUUUUCUUCUAUUUCACAUCUCAAUUCAUUUGAUAGAAUUUUCUUAAUUAUUUUUGCAUCUUCCUUCGAUUUUGUCUUUAACAACUUUUUCAAUUUCUUAGCCAUUACAGUGUUCUUCUCUAAUUAUUUUUAUAAUCUUUCAGUGUUUACAACACUACCUACCUAUAAUUUUACCAAGGACUUUGAUUUUUACUGUUUCCUUUUAUACUAUUUAAUUAAUUGUAUUCUCGACAUUCUGCCAUGCUUCUCUAUGCUUUUCUAUUUUUUUUAUUAGUAUUAUUAAAGUCAUAUAUUAUUAGCAAAAAAUGAUGUGUAUUUUUAAAAAUAUCUACUUAGGUAAGUACUACUAUCUCGAUUUACUUAAAUAAUUUAAUUAAAGUUUAUUAUAAGUAGAUACUCUUAUUUGAUAUGACAAGCUCGAUGGAUCCAAAAAAUACUCUAUAAUUUUAAAAUACAAUUUCAUUUUUGUUAUAAAAAAAUCAAUACAUGUCUGUAAGAUAAAAAUUUCAAUUUAAAACAUAUUUCAUAAUGUACCAUAAUAUUCUAUAUUUUUUUGAUAUUAGAACAUUUUUCGUGUGUUAAAUUGACUUCUUUUCCUAAUUAUUAUUUAUCAAUAACAAAAUUAAUACUAGGUACAUAUUAUUUAAUGUUGCUUUUUUCCAUUGAAUUUAAAAAAUAUAUAUUUAUGUUUUAAAUAUUGAGAAAUCAAAUUUAACUAUCAGAAAAUUUUUGAAUAAUUAAGAACAGCGAAAAUAUAAUAUUAAUUUAAUUUGUACCUACAAGAUGCCCCAACGAAAAUUUGACCUGGGGGUUUUGGGUAUUAAUAUCAUAGACGCUAGGACAGGUUGAUUUUAGUUUGAAAGAGGACAAUCCUUUAAUCAUUUCCUCAACUAUCAUGCGUCAUUCCUCUCCUCCCGAAACUCUAACCAGAACAAAAUCAUUAAUUAAAAAGAUAAUAAUUUUAUGGCUAUUCUAGCAAUAUAACUAUUCUUUGCGUUACAUUUUAUUUUAGCGCCCUCUAGCGGGAUAAUUCUUACGUAUUGUAAAGUGCAACACUUUACUAAAAAAAUUAGCCACACUUUACAAUACGUAACAGUUUUUAUCCCGCUAUAGCGGGCGCUAAAAUUCGUCAUAAAAUUACCUUUUCCAUGAUCUGUCAUACUUGGAACUUUUACCACUUAAAUUGUAUUUGUUAGAGUAAUGGAGGAAAGGGGAAUGACGUAUGACAGUUGAAGAUAUGACUGAAGAGGAUGUCCUCCUCCAAACUAAAAUCGACUUGUUCAAACGCUAUUAAUACCCAAAACCCCCAAGUCAAGUUUUCGUUGGCCACCUUGUAUGUUAAUAAUUAUAUACAGUGUGUCAAAUAAAAGAAUUGUUUUUUCCCACUCUAAGUUUUAUUACAUUAUAUUGAUUCUUAAUCUUAUAUUCAUACUUUUAGAUAGAUGCAUUUUAAAUUAUUAUAUAAUGUUUAAUAUACUAAAAUUUCAUAUUCAAUCAUUAAGUUUAUUUUCGUUGUAAUAGAAAAUAAAAAUUUUUGUAUAAAUGUUUAUAGUCACCAUGUAUAUUAGUUUUUAUGUAUCCACUCUUGUAUUACCAUAUUUAUUCAGGGGCGUUGAGAAGUUAUUCGAAAAGUUUUUAAGAGGCAAUGUUUCGUGGCUUGUCCACGUGUCCACAAUAUAUUUUUUAAACCACAUCAAUUCAGAAUGUUUUGUAUUAUACAUACACAACAAAAAUUAUCACGCAACUUUUUAAAUUUUUAAUAAAAACAUCAAUCUAUCAGGAUCAAUUAGACAUUAAGACGAUUUAUACGUUACUGCACAGAACGUUAUACACAAACGAAUAGAACCCACUUAACCGAUGCAGUACAUAACAAUACGGUACGUAACGAUACGGUACGUUACUUUCAUUUAACAGUAAGUGUAUUCAUAUUGAAUGGUUCCAGAUUAAGAUGCGUAUUGCUGUGUGUGCUAUCCCUGGAUUGCUAUAAUCAGACGGCCACGAGUGACCGGCUUGCCGUAACCGUGCUGUGCAGUGUCGUGACGUAUAACUAAAGUAAAAAUUUAAAAAAUAAACCUUAAUCAAAUUUUUCAGGACAAAUAGAUAUUUCAUUAUUUUCAGUCAUGAAUAUGAAGCGUAUAUCUUAUUUAAUUACACAAAAAUCCUAAGUAUUAGCAAAGAAAAUUUUGGCCCGUUAAUUAAUAAAUAUAUAACAUGUUGAAUUAGUUAAUAAGUAAUCAGCUGUAGGAAACAAAUUUCAAAUAAAUGACAAAUUAAAAUCGCAUUCUGUGAUUCAAAUUUAAUAGUGUUUUUGAUUUGAUAAGAAAACAUUCAAACACAGUAUUAGUUAGGUAACUAGUUCACCUUGUUUAUUUCUCUUUUAUUUUUAUUUUUUAUAGAUAUAUUAAUAAAGAUAUAUACUCUUUAAAAAAUGUUUUCUCUGCUGGCUCUUAAUAAACUUUCAAAUGUUUAUAUUUUUCGACGUCCUAUAUUAAGAACCAAAAUGUGAUUUAUAUAAUACUUUAGUCUUUAAUUUGUAUAAUUAUUAUGAAUACAUUUUAUUUUUGUAUGUAUAUAUGUACAUUAUGGUAUGAAAUACUUAAAAAAAGCAAUAUUUACGAAUUUAAAAUCUACGAGGUGUUAUAAGAAUGUAAUACUUAAAUUUAAAUGAAUAAUUUUAAAUUGGAUGUAGGUAUUUCUGCGGUGAUCAUGUUGGUAUAAUUAUGUAGCUAUUAUUAGGUCUACAAUUUUGAAGCGCCUUAUGUUACACAGUGUUAAACAAUAUAAUUUAUACUUUGUUUUCUAAAGUAAUAAUUUAUAAGUACACACAAAUGCCCUGUAGAGCGGACGGCCAGAAUAGCUUCACCCUUGCAUUUACCAUCAGGGUGGUAGAAUCCUCAAAAUUAUCACUUCUAAAAAUUUGGCCAUCUAGAGACACCUAUCAGCGACAUGACCGGGUUAGUCGAAAAUGGCUCGUAUUACAUUAUCUAGGUAUAUUUAAUUAAUUUGAAAACAUUAUAUUUUUAUGACAAACUGAAAUGGUAUGGUAUAUAUAUUGUUUAUACACUUUGUAGAAGGCGCUCUAGUGUAAUCAACCUAUUCUGACUCCCACUAUUAAAAUAAAUGUACUUAAGACAAUAUAUCAUUGUGACUGAUCAACACUUUUUAGAUGAACAUUUUGUAGCCUAUAUCUUUGUACUUUGUAGAUCUACUAGACGAAUCUAUAUCAUAAUAGCGCUCAAAAAAAUUGGAAAAAUACCUACAAACCGGGUGGUUAAAAAAAUACGGUACGAAAAAUAAGUACUCUACUUAUCUUACUCCAUAAAAUCAUUUUUUUAUUAUUAAAAAAAAAAAAAAAUAUGCCUACAUGAGUAAUUCACUCAAAAAAAGCUUUACAAAACAAACAUCCGUAUUCACGAAGUAUUUUUAAACAGUAAAUUAGAGAAAAUUAGAGAUGGACGUUGGUGUGAUUUUGCAGUAACAUUUAUUUGAUUCGCUACUGUGAUUAGUACAAUUCAAAUAAAUGUUUUAAUAUUAUGUUUUUCUGGAAAACAUUUUUAAAACAUGUAGAAACAGAAAAACAUGUAGAGUGUCAUUUUUCCAAGAUUAAAAUAAUUAAAUAUUGGAGACAUUCAUUAUAAUAACGUUAUACUAUCUUAAAAGUCUUACAUGUUGGUAAAUUUAAAAUUUAAAGAUGCUUUGUGAAUUAUAUGGUAAAAGAUAAUUUUUUUCAGCCACCUUUUUAGUUAAGAUUAAAAAAAAAGAGACACAAAUUGUUUUUAUUUUAUGAAAUCCUAUCAAAUUGAUAUAAGCUGCUAGGUACCUACUUUAGAUAUUUGGAAUUAUAAAAACCAUUGAAAAGCAGAGCAAAUAAUUUAACAGAGAAUAUAAAAAUAUUCCAGUUUUCAUUUAUUAUCAAUAUUAUCAUAUUAGGUAUAUUGUGAAAUUUUAUUUAUUUGUAAAUGUUAGAAAAAUAAAGAGUCCUUGGAAUGAC